AAAACUGUUCAAGCUAUGAGGUUCAAAUUUUGCACAAAAUAAUUUCUCAGGAUAACGAACGAAUAUCCUGAUUUUUACAAAAAUCCAUCAAUUUAUUUGUAAAAAUAUUAGUUUAUAUCGGAACAGUUCGAUACAAAGUCUGUGAGGUUCUGCCAUCUAGCGACUGGAAUAGAAUUACCAAGGAACAGCAAUGUAGGUGCAUCAUUCAGCAGUGUGCCAGUUGAUCCAAGCUGACCUACCGGCGUUAACAUCAACAUUUCUCCGAAAUUUCUAACGAUAGUCGUCGAAUGCCGGGUGUUUCCAGCGACCAAAGAGCCGUGCUUCGUUUCGAGCGAUAGAAAAGUGACGUUCCGAUCGGGGAGAGCGUUCGUUGGACCGCGAACGAUGUUCUAAGAGUCUACCUGGGCGUGAGUUCUACCUGACAGGAUGGACGAGGAGGCUAUGUGGAAAGAUUUCUAUCACAAGAUCGUCGUGGAGAAGGAGACCAAGGAGAAGGAACAACAGGAGAAUUCGGAGCACGAGAUAAGGAGUGAGCCCCGAAAAAUGGCACAUUUCGAGAAGCUGGACGAGCAACAUCCUUACUACGCGAUCGCCGCGGCCCGAAUGUGGCAAAAACCGGAAACGAAAGAGGUGACCACCGCGUCGAUCUAUUGGAAAUUUGCGGCGUUCAACUUCAUUCAGAAAAGGAUACAAGAGUCUGAUGGGGGAUUUUUCGAAAACCUCGGUACCCUGUUGGCGGAGAAGGUCCGAGCACAGGAAGAAGUGGAAGGACCCAUUCCGAAGAAGAUAGAAGAGGCUGAAGAAGCGGAAGAAGAAAGCAAUCUAAGCGAAGAGGAAAACAUCGAUGAGCCAGUCGAAGCACUUUUAGAGACUGACAGUGACAGAGACGAAAAUGAACACGCCACGAAUUUCUUGGCCGAGUCCAUGGGAUGGAACAUUGAAGAGCUGUACGCUGCUCUGUUAUAUAUGACCCAGCACCAAAUAGGCUACGACGUAUCCAACGAGUGUGGACAAGAAAUUUUAUUGAAUCACCUCCAAAAUGCGUUCAAAAUCGACAACGAAACGCACGAGAGAGUUCUGGAGGAGACAAGGAAGAUGGAGCCACCGGAAAUGCAUUUGAACGUGGAAGUGAUCGAGGCGAAGGAAUUAGUAUCGAAGGAUGCUAAUGGAAAGAGCGACCCUUUCUGCGCCCUUUAUCUCGAGUCAGCACCCACCAGAAGGUACAACACUGCCGUGAAAACGUCCACAUUGAGUCCCGUCUGGGAAGAACACUUUGAACUACCCCUAGAAGACCCAGAAAACGACGUGCUAUUUCUGGAAGUAUGGGAUUUCGAUGCCGCGGAGACGGUUCCCGAGAAGAUGAGCAAGGUGAAGGAUGUGAAAGGUGUUCGAGGUCUGGUGAAACUCGCGAAGGAGAUCGCGGUUACCGCCACUACCGGUAGCCACGAUAAUGAAUUCAUCGGUCGUUGUAGAAUACCUCUGAAGGACAUCCCAACCACUGGGCACACAAUGUGGUACUCUCUGGAGAAAAAGAACAAAUCUAAACGUCGUGGAGUGGUGAAGUUAAGAUUGGCUUUCAGCGCUGAACACAACGCACAGGUAGCUGCACAGGAGUACAGACACCUGCUCAGAGUGUUACUGUUGCACGAGAUAGAAAAUGAGAAGAUAGAGAAAUACUGUUGGUGCGGAAGAUGGUCCGCACCCGCGGAGGUUCUUCUUCUUCAACACAGCGCUCAACGAGGUUUGCUGGCCAGGAAUGUGGCACUAGCACAGUGGGUGGAAUACGCAGGGAUACAUCAGGAACAUCCCUUAAGCUUCACAGUGUUCAGUAAACUGGCGAUUGAUUUGUUGAGGCCCAUGGAAAAUUGCCUCUUCUCCCCGGAUGAGAGCAGGUUAUUUUGGAAUGCCACGAAGAAACUAUUGUAUUCGUGUUUGAAUAGUAUUCGAAAAAUUAGGAGGCUCACACCGGGUGAUAAAAACACUAUGGCACAGUUGUCUGCGAUUUUGGGAAUACUGUCGUCCGUUUCGUGCCUUAAAGUUCCUGAAGAAAUUAAUUUAUUCCCUCAAAAAAUGUACUCCUGGUUCAUGGAUCAGGACGAAAACUCGAGUGUCCUUCAGGCUUUGGAGUACACCGUCGAGCAGGGUGGCGCUGAAUGGUUCAAACACAUACUGAAUAAUAAUUCUCCAGAGAGUGAUUCGGACGAAGAUCAUUUAAAAUACCAUAUCAAAGUGAUACAACUUGUUAGGGCGGAUCUACAGAGUGCCCUUGAUUAUUACGACAAACUAUUCAUUAAACGAAUCAACUUCCCCUAUGCGAGGUGUCUGUACAUGAUGUACGAGAAGAGGAUCAGUGACAUGUGCAUGAUCAUCGUCGAGGAUGUUUGUGGCAGGUUAAAGAGAAUUGAGAUUGAGAACAGUGAUGUUGAAUUGAAUUUAGGAACAACGUUGUUCGAGCUCUAUCUCGCGUUACAGAGAUAUGCUAUGGUUGGUGAGGUCCUCUGUGCAGAAGGGCAGCUCGAAGGGAUGAAGGUUCAAAGCUACCACGAAUGGUUCAGAGCUGGAGUGGCACACUGGUUGGACAUAGCCGUGUACAAGGCUCUAAAACGAAUAGAUAGAGCAGUAGAAUUCGACACGUUGCAAGCAGUCGAUAACACUGUUCAAUAUAGCUCGAGUGCAGUGGAUACUUUGACGAUAUUCUACCAAAUCAAAGUGUUCUGGACGCAGCUGGCGUGGCCUGAUAUAGAAGGAUCGUAUACUUUCAUAGCCAAAAUUAUAGACGAUAUUUGCAAGUGUUCGAUCGCGUAUGCUGAUAAAAUGGCGAAGAAAGCAGAGCUCACCACCGAAUUGGAGCAAUUAUCCGAAAGCAGCGUGUACGACAAGAAGUUUUUCGUGUCGACGGCAUGGUGCUUCGCGAUCAACAAUAUCGAUUAUAUUAGAACAUCGAUCGCACCUUUGGCUAAUGAUCUGGGACUUCAGAAUAUUGUGGACGUACUGGCGGAAAAGAAAACGCAAGAAGACGCAGAGAGAUGUCGACAAACCCUUCAAUUAAUUAUCGAUAAUGCUACUGAUACUGUGAAGAACAAGAUCUUUGAAUUGUUGCAAGUGGUGGCGAACAAAAUGGCGCCUGCUAUGAAUAGGUACCUCAUGGAAGGUGCAGAAUUGAUAGACACCACCAGCAACGCCAUGGAUCGUCUCCUUCAAUAUUUAGACAAUAAUUUAACCACCCUGCACGACAAUUUGAACGAGGACAAUUUCGAAAGAGUAUUAAUUGUCAUUUGGGAGAUAAUGUCAGAGACCCUGUACCAAUUAGUGAAUAAUAAUUUAGAGAAAAGAAGACCACCCUCGUUUUAUUCGAAUCUCCAUCGAACUCUACACACGCUUAUUCGAUUUUUCAAUGUUGGAGCGGAUGAAGCAGCAAAUGUUAAAGUUUUGGAGAAAAUUGAACAUCUUUUGCAAUUGCAUGGUUUGGAGACGGCUGACUUGAUACAUCGUUAUCAUCAAGAACGAGUGAAGGAACAAAAGGAGAUGGAAGAAUCUGAAUAUGGACAGCUGACCAUCAAAGCACAAUUCGUGGAUAAUUCUUUGAGUAUUCAAAUACUGAAUGCCAGAAAGCUGCGACCAAUAGACAGUAAUGGCGAUUUGGUAGGCAAGGUGUCUACUCUCAAGCGCAAGCUUCAUACAAAAUCUAAACAAAGACUGAAAGAAUGGAAGACAAGUAGCUGCGAUUCGUACGUGAAAAUCAGGCUACUUCCGGAGGAAAAGUUUGCCGAUGUGAAGCUUCCCAAAACGCAUGUACAGAAGGAAAACUUGUAUCCUCUGUUUGAUGAAGUUUUCAACAUUCCUCUAACUCCGGAACAGAGAUCAACCGAAGGCGCGAUAAUAGCUUUUGAAUUGAAAGACAAAGACUUUCUUAGAUCGAGAUUCAUGGCGGAAGCUUUUCUAUCGUUCAGCGAAGUUCCGGAAACGGGAGCAGAUCAAGGAAUAGAAACUCUUGACCAGAUUCAUCUAACACUUUCACGUCCUACCAAUAGAAGUACCGAAGUAGUUCAGGCAUUGAAACAGAGGAAAGGAGACAAUCAGGCGACAGAAUUUCUAUCGAAGCUCAGUUCCAAAGUCGAAAGGAAAACUUAGUCUUCGUGGAAGAAGAAUCACGAUUUUAUACUGUGCAACAACGAACACUAUUAGAUCAUAAUACCUGUCGAUACGUAACAUCUUUUACCAACAUUUUUUAAAUAAUUUAUUUAUAGUCAUGUAUUUCAACGAAAAUUGCAUUUCCCUGAAAUUCAAAGUUCUUUCAAUUCAAUCAACUCAUUUUACAUACACGAUUAUUAGAACUUCAUUUGAAAAAGAGUAUUUUUAUAGAAUACACAAAAGUAUUUUUAUAAAAUUGUUGAAGGUUUGGAGAAGAUUAUAUUCAUAGGUGUAUAUAUGAUCGUUGCAUCAAAGGCGAAAGUAAUUUUUUUUAUCCCGAUUAUUCGCGCAAGUACCAUACAUCGAUUUUUGAAGAAAUACUCUUUGUACAUAGCGUAUUUUUCAUAAAAUAAAACGUUUUACGAAUACUAGACAAAACGUGAUCAUCCUAUUUUAAAUACUACGUUUAUUUGUACUAGAAAUGUCACCAAUUGUAAUGCAAAUAAAUCAUACAAAACUUCAGAAAUAAUUAA